AUAAUUUCCAUUUUUCUGGAAGUUAAAGUCGGAGUUCGGCACAUUUGUGUAAGCAUACCCCCACCCCUAUACACAGAGCAUUGAACUUGCUUUGCUUCUUUGGUGGCAGUGGUGGGUCAGCUACCGCUACAAGUAGGUUUAGAUCUGGCGGAACCCAUACCUCUCUUGAUACUACUACAGCCGACUUCUUUUCGACAGAGAGGAUGAGAGAGAGAGAGAGGAAUUUAAACACGUAUGCACAUGCAAGCACACACGCACACAUUGACGGUCAUGUGUUCAUUCAAUACCUGUUUUCUGGGUAUAUAUUGACGCAUACUCCAUAUAUAAGCUACAUACGUACUUGUACGGGAAGAAGCAAGUGAAAUUACUUGUUUGCACAAGUUCGCUCGAGUUGUUUGCAGUGAGGUUCCUUUUCCCAAUAUGUCUGAAAGUACUAAACUUCGCUUUUUAAGUGCCUGGUACUGUCCAUUUGCUCAACGACUCUGGAUUGCUCUCUUGGAGAAAGGAAUUCCUUUUAAAUAUGAAGAAACUGAUCUUUCUAACAAGACUGAAGAGUUUUUAAAACUGAAUCCAAGAGGCUUGGUACCAGUGCUGGUACAUGAUGAUAAAAUUAUUUAUGAAUCUGCUGUAUGUGUAGAAUAUAUUGAUGAAACUUGGCCACAAAACCCCAAAAUUAUGAUGGAACAACCUUAUGAUAAGGCUCAAGUUCGUAUCUGGGGUGAUUAUGCUACAAGUAAAAUAAUUCCAUUGUUUUAUUCUAUUCUGAGAUCAGAUCCUGAAAAUCUUGGUGAAACGCAGAAAUCUUUUGUUGAAAAUAUUGGAAGUUUUGUGAAAGCCAUGUCCCCAACUGGAAAUUUCUUCAUGGGAGACUCAUUUUCAUUUGCUGAUAUAAUGGUGUAUCCAUGGAUGCAAAGGCUGGAAGUUUUGAAACAUUUUAAAAAUUUUGAAAUACCAUCUGAUAUUGAUUGGUAUCCUCGGUUCCAGAAAUGGCUCACUGCUUGUUAUGAAAGGGAGAGUGUAACACCUACUAUUCCUGAUAUGAAGAAAUUAAUUCCACGCCACAAACGUUAUGUGAAGACAAAGUAAACUAGCCAAAGAAUCCACUUACACCAUCUUCCAUUUAUUUGGAAUAUAUUUUAUUAAACAAGUUUGUAUCAUAGCCUUGCAUUAUUCAUCUUCUUCCAAAUUCCAUAAUGAAAACAUUGAAUUAAUAUUUGAUAGAAUGGUAGACCUUAAUAAUCAACUCAUAAAAGUGAAUUUUUUUAUAACUUGGAAAUAAAGAAAAAUAUUUGAAAAUACAUAAAGUAACAAUCUUUA